AUGGACUCAAAAGUGAAAGAUUAUUUCAGGUACGGUGAUUUUUUGUUGUCUGAGAAUGAAGUUGGCCAGGCAAUGUCAGCGUACUCGAAAGCAAUCAAAAAAACGAAAACAAAUAUUUCAGCUGACCAGCUGGGCAAACUGGUUUCUUGCAUGAUUGACAACUCCACACCAUCACAUCUUGCAUCUCACACGGCAUUCACAACAGCUGAAACAACAACACCAUCCAACAAACAAUCAACAACAGAAGAAGGUAGUGUUGAUGACUUGGAAAAUGUGUUGAUAUGCUGCAGUGAGUGUAGAAAUGUUUUCCAUGAACCUAUCACCAAACUUUGUGGCCACACUUUCUGCCAACUCUGUAUCAAAGAUGUGGAUGAUGUCUGCCUGAAGUGUGCAGCUGAAGAAACGUCAAAAUGUUUCAACAGUUUGGUUGUCUUCUCAAAAUCAAAUGUUUCCUUGGUUAAUCUCAUCGAUAAAUUUUCAACUUUAAUGCCAAUUGUGAAGUUGAAGAAUGAUAUAUUGAGUUUAUACAAGAGUGGUAAACUCAAAGAGGUAGUUUCACUUAUUGAUGGCGAGGCAGAUAAAGGUACUAAACUGGACCUAUAUGUGAUGCUCUUGAGAUGCAUGUCUCUGUACAAACUAGCUGAUUAUCAGCAGUCUCUAUCAACAGCUGAUUACAUCAUUCAGUACAAUCCCAAAUGCUUAAUGGGCCAUUUGUGUAGAUCACGUUGUUUGCACUGGUUGGGUCAGUUUGAUGCGUCCAUAUUGUCAUAUCUCACGUGUCUGUCCAUUCCUCAACGACUGAGUGUCAAAAUUAAGAGAGAGCUUGAAAAUGUAGUCAAUCAUUCUUUGCAACCAAAAACCCCAAAUGCCGAAUGCACUUCGUAUCGCAAAGUACCGUCGUCCUCUUCAUCGUCGUCAUCAUCGUCCUCUUCAUCAUCACCUUCACGCUUGUUAGAAACAUCGUCACCAUCGUCUGAGACAGCAAAAAUGAUUCCAAUGUCGACGCCAUCUUCCAGUUUAACUUUAGAAUUGGAUGUUCGAUGCGGUCACCAUGCUUGUCAUCCUCAUCAACAUCCUCAUCAUGCUCCUCUUCCUCAUCAUCAUCAUCAUCAACAUCAUCUUCAUCAACAUCAUCAUCAUGCUCCUUUUCCUCAUCAUCAUCAACAUCAUCAUCAACAUCAUCAUCCACUUUUCCACUACCAUCAUCUUCCUCACUUCGCUCAUGAUAGCAAGCAAUCAACCAAUGUUAAUAGCAACCCCGUUAACGAUAACAAUGUUGAUAAUGAUAACAACAAUGAUGAUGAUGAUGAUAAUGAUGACGACAACGUAUUCAGCGCUGAUAACAGUCAGAAUAAAAACAGUUCCGCAAAACCUAAUUGCAAGCAAAACAUUAAAAAUCUCAUAAAAAAGUCGAAAUUAUCAAAAAUAUGCGCUCUCUUAUCUUCAUCGUCGUCAUCAU